AUGGCUACUUUCCCGGUUCAUCUACUUCAGUCUGUUGAAGAAUAUGGCUCGGUAGCUAAUUAUAAUGAUUUUAAAGAUGUUUGCGAAAAAUUAUGUCAGAUAUUGAUUGACGAUGUAGAGGAAUCAAUUUGCAGUCAAGUUUACUGGAAUGCAGCUGCUGGAGUGCUUGUAGAAGCAGCAAGACGUGGUCUAUCUGUGACAGCACUUGAGGAAUUACUACCGAAAAACGAGCUGUCACAGGCUAUUGUCAGUGUCUUUAGGGAAAAGGAGCAGUCGAUUCGAAAAUGUAUGUCAGCAAUUGGUUGGGAACCACCGCGAGUUGUUGAUAUCUCCUGGAAGCUUUCUAAAACUUUAGAAACAGACAAAGGUAAGAAAGAAAUGGCUGUGGCCGAGAUUCAUUUGGAUACAAUUCCGACUGGUUCAACAACUCUAGAGAGGAUUUCAUUUUGUUGUAAUUCUGAUGAUUUACAGAACAUUUUGUGGAAACUGAAAGAAGCACAAAAUGCAGUUUCGAAUGUGAAAAAUUAUAAAUGA